AUGAACCAGGCACAAACUCUGCUGCUUGACGGACUCAUCAAGACAAAGCAUGUAGAGAAAGCGGCCCUUAUCAGAAUAUCCGACAUGAAUGUGAUGACAUCAACUCUAGGCUUUAAUAUUCAGAACUGGGCCUCAGUCAUUGUCCAAGCCUUCUUCAACAACCCAGCCCAAAUGAGAAAGGAAGGGCAGUACUUUCAUGACCGGUAUUAUAAAUGUUUCCGAGCAGAUGGCAACUCCAUCUACCUUAAAGCAAAAGAAGAGGGAGUGAUACUAGUUAAAACAGCAAACUUUAUCCUGGUCGGAACAUAUUGCCAAGGCAUGUACCCCAGUGUCUGCGUCGAGGCAGUGGAGAAACUAGCAGACUACCUGAGAGCGAAGGGGAACUGAAGAAAGAAAGGAAGAAGGAAAAGAGCAACAGAACUUCCUACCCAAAAUUCUUGCUUGCCAUAACCAGCAAAAGAAAUGUCCCUUUUUGAACAACACAAUGGGUUCCCUACAGGCCAGUCUCAAUGGACAUGUCCUUUGGAGCCACACAGGAGAAUGCCCAGCAUCAUCAUUAAACACUUUCAAAGUGUAGACAAGAAUCUUGAGGUGGAAUUGAAUUACUAUAAGCCUAUUUCCAGAGAAAGAUAUAACAGGCAAGCAUGGGCAGAGACGGAGACCAUCUCCUUGCUAUUAACCUGCAAUGAAAGGAAACCAGCUGAGAUUGGCAGAGCUGUUACCACGGCAAUGACAAGUUCCUUGUUGAGAAAAAGGACCACCAGGUUGCCAAGGCAAUGGACCACUGGGCCUCCAUGGGGAAUUUCCUGUCAGAGCCAGCUCUACCAUUGGACAGAGUAAGGCAGUAGGUUAAAAAUGCAGCAAACCAUAGUUUUCUUGGUUUUAUUCUCAAGAAGAGGCAAUUCUGGGAUUUUGCUUUGCCCCAGUUACAACUUGGACUGUCUUUGGUCCCCUGCACCUGAACUUGGAUGCUAGAAAGAUCUGCAUUUUGCUGCCAGACAUAAAUAAUGUUUUCCAUCAAAUCUUGGGUACAUGUUCUCUUUGCCACGCCCAGUAACAAACAGGGCAGCUUUUUUCAAGCUGGAGAUUGUAACUGGCCACAGGCUGGCAUGCCAGGGUUGUGCCACUUUGAAAGCAGAAUUUCAUGCCAUUUUGAAAGCAGACGGGUCCAAGGCAAA